UUAUGUAGUUCAUGGUUGAGAAACCGCUUUCAUUUACGUCUUUUGAUUGGAAUUAUAUUUUAUAACUUUCGUGGUAUUUCGCCUGUUUUUUUUGCGUUUCGAUCAUUAUUAUUAGUGAUACAGCAUCGCAGUAAAAAAGAGAGAGAGAACUAAGAAAAAGUUAAACAUGGGACGUUAUAGAAGUCGCAGUCGUGAUAGGGAUAGGAGACGUAGAUCACGCAGUAGGUCUCGUAGCAGAUCACCUAGAGACAGAAGGAAUUGGGGUGGCAGUGGAGGUAGAGACCGAGGUGGCGGCAGAAAUAGUCGUGGCCAACCUGGUGCAAAUUUAAGAAAGCCUAGAUGGGACUUAAGUCGAUUAGAACCUUUCAAAAAAGAUUUUUACGUACCACAUGAAGCAGUUCAGAAUCGAGAUCCACGUAUAGUUGAACAAUAUAGAAGUGAAAAAGAAAUCACCCUUAAAGGAAAAAAUAUACCUAAUCCUGUAUUCACAUUUGAAGAGACAGGUUUUCCGGACUAUGUCCUGAAAGAAAUUAAGCGACAAGGUUUUACUGAACCGACAUCGAUACAAGCACAGGGAUGGCCAAUUGCUUUAAGCGGUAGGGACAUGGUUGGGAUUGCAUCGACGGGUUCUGGAAAAACAUUGUCUUACAUACUUCCAGCAAUCGUUCACAUUAAUAGCCAGCCUAAGUUAGGUCGAAAAGAUGGACCUAUUGCUUUAGUGCUAGCGCCAACACGAGAACUUGCGCAACAAAUUCAACAAGUUGCCGAUGAUUUUGGUCAUUCCUCUGGUAUUAGAAACACUUGUUUAUAUGGUGGAGCACCAAAAGGUGCACAGGCCAGAGAUUUAGAUGGUGGUGUGGAAAUCGUUAUAGCUACACCUGGUAGACUGUUGGAUUUCCUUGAAUCGGGACGUACAAACCUAAAAAGAUGUACUUAUUUAGUGUUGGAUGAAGCAGAUAGAAUGUUAGAUAUGGGAUUUGAGCCGCAAAUUAGAAAAAUCAUAGAGCAAAUUAGACCAGAUAGACAAACACUAAUGUGGUCUGCUACAUGGCCCAAGGAAGUAAAAAAUUUAGCUGAAGAUUUUCUGAAAGAUUAUGCUCAAAUUAAUGUUGGGUCUCUGCAAUUAGCUGCAAAUCAUAAUAUUUUGCAAAUCAUCGAUGUGUGUCAAGAUUACGAAAAAGAAAAUAAAUUAAGCACACUUUUGAAAGAAAUAAUGGCGGAAAGUGAAAACAAAACCAUAGUAUUUAUUGAAACAAAACGCAGAGUGGAUGAAAUAACAAGAAAAAUGAAGAGAGAUGGUUGGCCAGCUGUUUGUAUACAUGGUGACAAGACACAACAAGAAAGAGAUUGGGUUUUACAAGAUUUUAGAUCAGGAAAAGCGCCAAUUCUUGUCGCAACAGAUGUUGCUGCUCGAGGUCUUGACGUUGAAGACGUCAAGUUUGUCAUCAAUUUUGACUAUCCCUCCUGUUCGGAGGAUUACGUUCAUCGAAUCGGUCGAACAGGUCGUCGCCAAAAAACUGGUACAGCAUAUACCUUUUUUACACCUAAUAAUUCAAAUAAGGCUAACGACCUGAUCCAGGUAUUGAAAGAAGCAAAUCAAGUUAUCAAUCCAAAGCUAUUGGAACUUGCUGAUAGUAAGAGCGGUGGAUAUGGCAGACAUAGAGGUGGAAGAAAUAGAUGGCGGUCUCGAGGUGGCCGAAACGGGAAAGAUCGUAGCUAUUCGAGAAGUAGAAGUCGAAGUCACAGUAGGGAACACAAUGGUCGUAGUAAUCGUCGCAGUUACAGCCGAAGUUACUCUCGAAGUCGUAGUCCUGUUAACAAUCGUACAGGUAAGUAACGAUUUGUAUGUUUAUAGAAGUAAUCGGUAAGAGCUAUUGGAGCAGCGAGAGAUGAUCUUCCACGAACAGUUAAGGACCAAAUCAAUGUAAUAUGUAAUAAUUUUCUUUUUUUUUUUUUCUAUGUCUCUUAAAAGUAUUCACUUAAUAUGUACACGUCGUAUGUAUAAAUUAUAACUUUGGUGUUCCAAACCGAUGUAUACGUUGCGUGACGUAUUUAUGUAUGAUAAUACUUGUGCAUUACAGGUAAAUCACGUUAGAAAUGUAUGGUGAAUGUUUUUCAAUAAGCGAGUACACAUCUUUAAAUUAUAUAUAACAGAAUGGUUAGUUGAACACGGUGUAACAUGUACUAAAGUAUAUUUUAAAUGAACUUGAGAGAUCAAUUAACGAAUCAACUGAUAUUGAGAUUUAUCGAGUAAUUGUAAAAAUUAGGAUACAAAGUGAUUUCGAUGUUUUCCGAAUAUUUCUACGUUUAUAGAGCGUUUUCUUGCUAAGUUUACGUCCUGAACUUCAACCACAAAACAGAUAAACUUAGGGUAAGAAUGUAGUUACAUUCACACAUUGUGUGUAUCACGUACAUGUUUUAUAAUGAUUGUUGCAGCAUCCGAUAAUACAAGUUAGUUUUAUGUAAGCGGUAUUGUGAGUUUAAUUAGAUGAAUUACCUAAA